CAGCUAUGUCACAGUGCUACCCUUAUUCUCUAUGUAACCUCUAUUAUUAAUGCCCUAUGGAAAAGUGGCUUUUUCCCGGGGCUGAGGUGGUUGCCACAAGAGGACACAGGUUUAAGGUGCUGGGGAGUAGGCAUAGAGGAGAUGUUGGGGACACUUCCUUGCGUUUUAAAAACUUCAUCGACACGGGGCGACAGAGAGAAAUGAAAAGUAUUCCAAAUAUCAUUAUAAGCCAGGCCGACUGCUCGGAUAUGAGCAGCCUCAGUUUGCCCGGGAACAUGAGACGAGGGGGUUCAGACACGAACCUGAACUUCAGCGUGACCGAUGGCUUGCUGGACUUCCAGAAUGACAGGCUGAUGGCGGACAAGCUGAAGCAGAAGGUCCUGAAGAUCACGGAGCAGCUGCGGAUCGAACAGGAGAUCCGGGAUGCCAACGUGACGGAGUACCUGAAGCUGGUGAACAACGCCGACAAGCAGCAGGCGCGCCGCGUCAAACAGGUCUUUGAGAAGAAGAACCAGAAGUCCGCCCACAACAUCACCCAGCUGCAGAAGAAGUUCGACCACUACCAUCGCAAGCUGAAGGAGGUGGAGCAGAAUGGGCCCAGGGUCUCCAGGGAGGGGCUGAGGGGCUCACAGCAGAACAUGAGGGAGGUGAGCAGCAGCAGUGCAAGGCUUGCAGCCAGCACUGCAGGAGGCCCAACCCUGGAGGGCAGUCGGGGCCUCCCAGGGGUGACCCUCACACCGCCAGCGUUCGUCCUCAACAAGCCACGGGAGAUCGCCAACCUGAUCCGCAACAAGUUUGGCAGCGCCGACAACAUUGCGCACCUGAAGAACUCCAUGGACGACUUCCAGCGGGACGCCGGGCACCGGGCUCUGAGCGGGAGUGCCGUGCUGGUGUCCAAGGCCAAGUACAUGAGCGACGACGAGGGCUCCAGCGUCUCUGCCGACAGCAAUGGCAACUCUGACUUCGGGAUCAAAGAGACGGCCAGCCCAAAGUCCGGGUCGCUGGAGAGGGAGCAGAGCAAGCUGCCCGCCCUUCUGGAGGAACUCCGGGAAAUGAAAGAAGCACAAUCCCAGCUGUCAGAGGACAUUGAGAAUUUAAAGGUUCAGUUUAACAGAGACUAUGGCAUCAUCACCCAAACAUUACAAGAGGAGCACUACAGGUUGGCGUGUUUGGAAGAUCAGUUGAAUGACCUCUCUGAGCUUCAUCAGCACGAAACAAUGGAUCUAAAACAAGAGCUGGCAAGCAUUGAAGAAAAAGUAGCCUAUCAGUCAUAUGAGCGGGCACGUGAUAUUCAGGAAGCACUGGAAUCGUGCCAGACACGCCUCGCCACCCUGGAGUUACAUCAGCAGCAGCAGCAAGUAGUGCAGAAUGAAAAUGCCAAUGCCAAGGUGCUGCUGGGGAAAUGUAUCAACGUCUUUUUAGCCAUCAUGACUGUCAUCCUUGUCUGUGUCUCUACGGUUGCCAAGUUCAGCAUCCCUCUCAUGAAGAGCCGUUUGCACAUCAUGUGUACGCUCUGUGCAGUGAUAUUCAUUUUCAUCUGUUGGAAGAAAUGGGAUCAGCUUCAGUGUCUAACAGAGCAUAUUUUUAUAUAUCCACUGUGAUUUCAAAUUCUUGUCAUGCAAAUGUUAUUUUGAAAUAAAAAUCUUAGAUAAAAGAAUUUAUAAAAUAAUUUCCACCUUGUAUACCAACAUUAAAUGGGAUUUGGAAAGCGGGUUAAUUGAUGUGUCCAAUAAACUAUUUUGUUGCAAGAUCCUCUCCAAGACCUGUUGCUGCUGCAGCCCAGAGCCAACGCCUGAUGUUCUCCUUUGACCUUUUGCUGUAUGUCGUUUUUUGUAUGAGCUGAUCCUUUGAACAGACAUGACUAACUAGAACGGAAGGUAUCACUGGUCUUUGAUCACAUAUUUUAGAGACCAACUGGAAACCAGCAAAGUGGAAUGAGAAGAGUUGAAUGAGGGUGUCAUAUGUUGUUUUACUUGGAUGCCUUCACCUUAUGUUGACCUGUCAUUGAAGAGGGAGAGCCGUCUGACUGACAAAGCUGAAUGCAUGAAUUGUGGCAAGUUCACUUGAUGACUGUCUUUCUGCUCAGUUAUGCGCAAUUGAUCACUUCCAUCAUCCUACUUGGCCUCGAGGCUUUCAUUUAUCAGGAUAUAAUAAACUUUCUAUUAAACCAGUCCUGAAAAUGAACACUUUUAUACGAGCUUUGAGGUAAAUGUGUCCAGUCAAUACUUUCACUCUAAUUAUUAACUCUGCGCCUACUGGACCAGAAGAGAGUUAUUUUUUCUGAGCCAGGUACUUGUUAAAUAUUUGUCGUAUGUAAUUAUUUUGGAGAGAGCAAUUUUGAAUACACUAGUACUGUAUAGUCAUCUUUUCAAAUAUCAUGAGGUACAUUUACCAUCUAGGUCUUAUAGAAUUUAUCUUAUGUUUAUGAUUUUAAAUGUACAUAUAUUUAUGUGUGGGGGGGGGGGUGCAAUCCAUGUCUAACCAGAAGAGCAUAGAACCAGAUCUGUUAUUGUGCUAAAAUGCAAGAAUAUCCAAUACAAGAACAAUUAGAUCACAUUUAAUUGUUGGUUUGACUUUGUCCCACCAGCACUGAUGAAGAACUCUAUACCUUUUCAGGAGAUAUUUAGCAGUGCUUUUACAGCCAGCAUGAAACGUGACCAGAAAGAGGCAAUGGUUGAAGAUGGUACUAAAAGGUUGGAUAUGUGAGUGAUCUCUUGAGAAUCCACACUGGGUGCUUGACUACACAGUAAUCUUGUUAAUCCUAUCACUUGAUUUGUAAUAAGAUUUGAAUUAAACUUGUUAUG